AUGCCCGAGGCCCGUGUCGAGCCUGCCGGGUAUGAGUCUGAGGAGAAGACGGAGCCCUUCUCGCAAACAGAGUUCGAUGCACGAUGGCAGAGCAUCCAGGUGCAGCGGAGCUCGAGCAGCCAGAGCCAUGCCGAGUCUGCCGUGCACCUCGACAAGCUGGUCGUACCGCAAGACAAGGACAUCCGUAUCCUGGUCCGGCCCUUGAGAAGUCGCUCCGUCAGUCCGGGGAGCCGUGAGAACUGCGAAUGGCUGGCGCUGCAUGCCGAGGUGGCCGCUCCAGACCAGCCUCAGCACAAGGUCCUGGCUGUGACUCAGACGUCCAAGGACAUCAAGUUUGUGGUCCGCAUCCCCGGUGGCGGGUUUGACGACGACUCACCCAAACCACCAUUGUGGUGCGAGCUCUACUAUGACCCGGCCAGCGACAACCAGAUCCUCGUCAACAAGUCCGAGGUCCCGAUUGCCCUUUCGCGCGUGCCCCAACACCUGGUGGCGAGCCCGACGUAUGAGUACAUCGUCAACCCUUACAUGAGCAAAGGCCUCACGCCAGGUACCUGGCGGAUCAAGGUCAACGAUGUCGAGGUGCUAGACUUUCGCAUCCUAGAGAAGCGUCCCGCCGUGCUCAGGACCCCGUCCAAGUCAUCGUCUGACGUGUCCAGCUCGACGGUCAGCGACGUCAUCAACUCGUCAGGGAAGCGCUCAUUUGUCGCCGACGAGAACGCCGAGCUCGGGCCAGAGCUAAGGAAGAUACGUUCUGCCGAGACCACAGGACGUGGCGAGGAUGGCGUUGUCAUGUUUCUGCGCAAGAAGGCAGACCCAUUAGUCUUUCCACUGCCCACGGCCGCUCCGGGCAAGGAGAUCAUGACCACCAAUGGCCAUGCGCUACUGGAUUUGGAGAAGGACGACUCCGUGCAGAUUCCGGGAGGUUGUGAAUUAGACUCGUACGAGCUGAAGAAGCGCGAGCCCAUCGCGUCGACGACGUUGUCCACCGUCUUCACCGCCACCUCUGACCACGUCAACGUCCCUCCAGACGGCACCAUCACCGUCAAGGUGCUGAAGACGCGGACGCCGCCCGUCCCCACCGGCGCCAUCAUGAGGCCCCAGCAAGCCGAGCAGAACGUGAUCCGGCAGGCGGACACGUGGCUGCGCGAGUACCAGUCGCACGAGUACCUGCAGCACGACAGCAUCGUGCGGCUGUACGGCGGCGACGCGCGCCACCUCUCGCUGUACAUGGAGCACGUCGACGCGCACGACCUCAGCGCGAGGGGCAAGUGGCGCGGCACGACGUCGGACUUCUUCACGGGCACGCGGCAGGACGCGCUGCGGAUCCUGCGCGACAUCGCGGGCGCCCUGCACUACAUCCACGGGCGCGACCUCGUGCACAACGACAUCAAGCCGGCCAACAUCCUGUACUCGCCGACGCGGGGCGCCGUCCUGUGCGACUUUGGCCUGUCGACGCGCGCCGACAACCCGGCCAGCCUGGGCGGCACGCCGUACUACGUCCCGCCCGAGUUCAUCGGGCGCAAGCUGCGGGGCCCGCCGAGCGACGUCUGGGCGCUGGGCAUCACGAUGCUCUACGUGCUGCGCAAGAUCUCGUUCCCGGACUCGCGGGGGCGGCAGCACCACCCGCGGCCGCUGUACUGGAUGAUCGCGGACCUGAACCGCGGCGGCGCACACCACCACCAUCACCACCACCACCACAACAGCAGGGGGGCGGCCCCCGCCACGGCGCCGUCGGCCGUCUCGCAGAUGCAGAUCUGGCUGUCCGAGAUCAACGAGGCCAAGGACAGGCUCAACAUGAAGGACAAGAUGGAGCGGCUGGUGGCCGAGAUGCUGAUUCCCAACCCGGCGCACAGGGCGACUAUGAAGCGCGUCGUCAAUGAGCUGUUUGCCGACUGA